AUGGGUCAGUGUCCAGCGAAGAACGGGGACCCGCAGUCUGGAGACGGUGCGACGUCGACCUUCAACGGGGUUCUCACAGUCCCCCGCAAGACGCUAUCGUUGAGAUCACUGGCAGAUGCAGUACUCUCCGUGUCGGUGGUUGAUCUCGAUAUCUCAGUUGUCCGUGCUGGCAUGCAAUGCUGCAGCGGGACUAUGCAGUCUCGAACUUCAAACUGGGGUAAACUUUUUGCCUUGGCUGACCUUCUCUCCGUGUACGAUGUGCUAUCCGUCGCUGAAUGCUACGUCAACGGGGAUUGA